AUGAAUUAUCGCAAUGCCUGUGAGUCCGUCUCUCUCAGAGCAACUCAUUUAGUUCUGAGGGCUAUCCGAUUCUCUCGCGGUCCUUUUUCUACCACAAAGGGCGCCUUCCUGGAUCCAAGUGUACAAGUUGGACGCAAUGAUACGGCAUACGGCGCAGCCCAUUCCAAACCCUCUCUGAUCCCGGUGUUAAAUGAGUGGAUUGUUCAAAGCACCUAUUAUGAAAAGUCAGUGGAAACAUGCCUGGCUUACAACACAUCAGCAAUCGAGCCUCUAGCUGGAAUCACAGAAAAAAUUUACAGGACGCAAUCUUCUAUCGUAAAAUAUCCUAGUCAUGCAUAA